UUUCUUUUUCUCAAUCUCUUGUCAAUAAAGGUGGAUUUUCACGGCAUGGAUGGUCAUGGCGGACCACUUUAUAUUGGUUCUGGUUGUUUUCAUAGAAGAGAGAGCUUAUGUGGGAAGAAAUACAGUGAAGCGUAUAAGGCUGAAUUAAGAGGAGACAGGCCUAGCAUAGCUCAAUCAAAUGUAUACACCUUGGAAGAGAGAGCAAAGAACCUAGCCACAUGCACAUACGAAGAAAACUCUCAAUGGGGAAAAGAGAUGGGAUUGAAGUAUGGCUUCCCUGUAGAGGAUGUGAUCACUGGCCUCUCAAUACAAUGCAAAGGAUGGAAGUCCGUUUAUUACAAUCCUCAAAGGAAAGGAUUCUUAGGCGUUGCUCCAUCGACGCUGUCACAAACACUUGUGCAGCAUAAGAGGUGGUCUGAAGGAGAUUUCCAGAUAUUUCUGUCAAAGUAUUGUCCCUUUAUAUAUGGGCAUGGGAGAAUAUCUCUUGGCCUUCAGAUGUGUUACUCCACGUAUUUCUUUUGGGCCCCUAACUCACUGCCGAUUCUAUACUAUGCCAUCGUCCCUGCUCUUUUUCUUUUUAACGGAAUUUCCCUGUUCCCAAGUCUCUCCAGCUUGUGGUUCAUAUCAUUUGCAUUUGUAGCCGGAGCCAGUUUCAUUUACAGCAUAGUUGAAUGCCUCUGUCUAGGAUACACACUGCAAGGGUGGUGGAAUGAACAAAGGAUAUGGCUGUUUAAGAGGACAACCUCAUACCUUUUUGCACUAGUAGACACAUUCCUCAAAUUGCUAGGUGUUACAAAGUCGGCAUUCAUAAUUACUGCAAAGGUAGUUGAUGAAGAGGUCUCAAAGAGGUAUGAAAAUGAGAUGAUGGAGUUUGGCUCAUCUUCCCCGAUGUUUGUCAUUCUCACUACAAUUGCAAUGCUCAAUCUUCUUUGCUUAGCUAUUGGAGUUAAGAGAAUGGUAAUGGAUGAGGGAGUUGAGAUUUUAGAUUCACUACUUCUGCAAAUUCUCAUUUGUGGGCUUAUAGUUCUGAUUAAUGCUCCAGUUUACCAGGCUUUGUUCUUAAGAAGUGAUAAUGGCCGCAUGCCAACUAACGUAAUGUUUGCUUCAGCCUUUUUGGUUCUGAUAGCUUAUAUGAUUCCUAUGGUGUAGCCUUAUGACGAAGUCCUUCUUUCAAUCUGCUAUUUUGGUGUAGUUUGCUUGUUUCUCGUAAAUUUUUCAAUAACAUCUUGGUUUAAUUAUUCUAGUAGAUUACAGUUGUAUAACAUACAAAUAAUAAAUAUUCUAUAGUGAAAAUUGUAGCAAUGAAAUUCUCAUGCACCAAAAAAGGAAAUUAUGCCGUGGUUAUUCCA